AUGAAUAUCACCGACAUCAACAUCCUCAACUACGCCCUCACCCUCGAGCACCUCGAAGCUAACUUCUACGCAACCGGUCUCGCAAACUUCUCCGCCGACGCAUUCACCUCCGCCGGAUACCCUUCCUACAUCCGUGACAACAUCGCGGAGAUCGGAAGACAGGAAGCUCAGCAUGUGUCGUUUUUGAGUACGGCGUUGGGUGCGGCUGCUGUUGAGGCUUGCACGUACCAGUUCCCUGUUACCGACGUUCCGUCUUUCCUUGCCGUUGCGCAGGUUCUCGAGGGUGUCGGAGUGUCCGCAUACCUCGGUGCCGCCAAGGAUAUCCAGGUAAAGGACUACCUUACCGCCGCUGGAUCCAUCCUCACCGUCGAGGCUCGUCACUCCGCAUGGUUGCGUUCCGCAGUCGGUGGAUUGUCUCCUUUCCCCGCCGCUGAGGAUACCCCCCUCGACUACGACGAAGUCUACACCCUCGCUUCCGCAUUCAUCACCGCUUGCCCCUCCACCAACUCCCAGCUCCCGCCCGACCUCAUGGCUUUCCCCGCUCUCGCUGCUUCCCCCGCGUCCGGCGUGAAGCCCAAUGACACCAUCACCCUCACCACUGACGCUAACCCCGAUGGCGAGGUCGUGUAUGCUGCGUUCAUCUCCGCUUUGUCUACUGUUUGGAGUGAGAUCUCUCCGUCGGGUCAGGUUAAGGUUCCUGCGGCUUUGGCGCCGGGGCAGGUCUACGUGGUGUUGACCAAGAACGGAACGAGUGUUGCUGACGAGGAUAUCGUUGCUGGCCCGGCCAUUGUUGAUGUGUUGGUUGACUACAUCAAGUACUGA